UGGGCUCGCCCGGACACGCCGCGGCGCCCGCCAGCUCCGCCCUCGCCGCCCUCCGGCUCCCGCUCAGGCCCCGCUCGAGCCUCUCGGGCCUCGGCUACGCGGGCCUGCGGAAGAAGAUGGCGGCUCCGGGGGCUCCCGCGGCGCCGGCCCACUUAUCCGAGGCGGCGCUGGCCGCCGCCCUGGAAGAUGUGCCGGAACUCGCCCGACUUCUGGACGCGGACCCUUACUUGAAGCCCUUUGCUGUGGACUUUCAGCGCAGGUAUAAGAAAUUCAGCCAGAUUUUGAACAACAUUGGCGAGAAUGAAGGUGGUAUUGAUAGAUUUUCCAGAGGCUACGAGUCAUUUGGUAUUCACAGAUGUGCUGAUGGUGGUUUAUACUGCAAAGAAUGGGCCCCUGGAGCAGAAGGAGUUUUUCUUACUGGGGACUUUAAUGGUUGGAAUCCUUUUUCAUACCCAUACAAGAAACUGGAUUAUGGAAAAUGGGAGCUGUAUAUCCCACCAAAGCAAAAUAAGUCUGUAGUGGUGCCUCAUGGAUCCAAAAUAAAGGUAGUUAUUACCAGUAAAAGUGGAGAGAUCUUAUAUCGCAUUUCACCAUGGGCAAAGUACGUGACUCGUGAAGGUAGUAAUGUAAACUACGAUUGGAUACACUGGGAUCCAGAAUACCCAUUUAAGUUUAAGCAUUCCAGACCAAAGAAGCCAAGAAGUCUAAGGAUUUAUGAGUCUCAUGUGGGAAUUUCUUCCCACGAAGGAAAAAUAGCUUCUUAUAAACAUUUUACAUGCAAUGUACUACCAAGAAUCAAAAACCUUGGAUACAACUGCAUUCAGAUGAUGGCUAUCAUGGAGCAUGCUUAUUACGCCAGCUUUGGUUACCAAAUCACAAGCUUCUUCGCAGCUUCAAGCCGUUAUGGAACGCCUGAGGAGUUAAAAGAACUUGUUGAUACAGCUCAUUCAAUGGGGAUAAUAGUCCUCCUCGAUGUGGUACAUAGCCAUGCUUCAAAGAAUUCAGAAGAUGGACUAAAUAUGUUUGAUGGAACUGAUUCCUGUUACUUUCAUUCUGGACCGAGAGGGACUCACAGUCUUUGGGAUAGUAAAUUGUUUGCCUAUUCCAGCUGGGAAGUUUUGAGAUUUCUUUUGUCAAAUAUAAGAUGGUGGUUGGAAGAGUACGGCUUUGAUGGAUUCCGUUUUGAUGGCGUUACAUCCAUGCUCUAUCAUCACCAUGGAGUGGGUCAGGCUUUUUCAGGAGAUUACAGUGAAUACUUUGGACUACAAGUAGAUGAAGAUGCCUUGGUUUAUCUGAUGUUGGCCAAUCAUUUGGUUCACACACUGUAUCCAGAUUCUGUAACAAUAGCUGAGGAUGUAUCGGGAAUGCCAGCACUGUGUUCCCCAAUUUCACAAGGAGGAGGUGGUUUUGAUUAUCGAUUAGCUAUGGCAAUUCCAGAUAAAUGGAUCCAGCUGCUUAAAGAGUAUAAAGAUGAAGAUUGGAACAUGGGCAAUAUAGUGUACACCCUCACAAACAGAAGGCACCUUGAAAAGUGCAUUGCUUAUGCAGAAAGUCAUGACCAGGCCCUGGUUGGUGACAAGUCACUGGCAUUUUGGCUGAUGGAUGCCGAAAUGUACACAAACAUGAGCGUUUUGGCUCCCUUUACUCCAGUUAUUGAUCGUGGAAUACAGCUUCAUAAAAUGAUUCGUCUCAUUACUCAUGGGCUUGGUGGAGAGGGCUAUCUCAAUUUCAUGGGCAAUGAAUUUGGGCAUCCUGAAUGGCUAGACUUCCCAAGAAAAGGAAAUAAUGAGAGUUACCAUUAUGCCAGAAGACAGUUUAAUUUAACUGAUGAUGACCUCCUUCGCUAUAAGUUCCUAAAUAACUUUGACAGGGAUAUGAAUAGAUUGGAAGAAAGAUAUGGCUGGCUUUCAGCUCCGCAGGCCUAUGUGAGUGAAAAGCAUGAAGAAAAUAAGAUCAUUGCUUUUGAGCGAGCAGGUCUACUUUUUAUCUUCAACUUCCAUCCAAAUAAGAGUUAUACUGAUUACAGAGUUGGAACAGCAUUGCUGGGGAAAUUCAAACUGCUACUAGAUUCUGAUGCAGCAGAGUAUGGAGGACACCAGAGACUGGACCACAACACUGAUUUCUUUUCAGAGCCUUAUGAGCACAAUGGGCGUCCCUACUCUCUUUUGGUGUACAUUCCAAGCCGAGUGUCCCUCAUCCUUCAGAAUGUGGACCUGCCCAACUGAAGAGACCCGAUUUCAGUUCUACCUGGAACAGAUUUGUGUUUGGUUUUCUGAUUCUCACAGUUACCUAUAUUAUUAUGUAUGCUUUUCAAAAUGCGAUUACUAGCCACAGCAUCAUUGUGUGAAAUUCAGUAUUAGUUCAUGCAAAUGUAUCAAACUUUUCUUUAACAAGUUAAAGGAGUGUGUUCAAAAUUUUAGGAAUUCUAGGCUAUACUUCAAGCUGUCCCAAUAACCAAGUUUAUUGCAUAAAAUACAGUGUGAAGGGUCUCAAAAUUAUUUUACCUCCCUGGAGAAGUAUUGAUUCAUUUAAGGUCAAAUUUGACUGCUUUGUCAUAUAUUGUCCUUUCCUUUGAUGACAUAUAAAGUAUAUUUUUAAGAUGAGAUUUCCUACCCUUAGUUGUUUAUUGUUUCAUAAUCUGACUUAUAAGAUGCCAAUAUUGUCUUUGUUUUUGGAAUUAUGCUUAUCAUGUUUAGUAUACCAUACUAAAUAUGUAGUGAAACUAGAAAAAUUAAUAAUUGAUUACAUCAAAGACAGCAUAAAAUCCAGUAUAUAAAAACUCAAUCCUGCCUCAUUUUGCCGAAGUGUUGUUCACUUAGCAUUUUGGUAGAGAGCCUAAAAUAGUCAGUGUGGCAGUUUUCAAAAGGUAUUUUACUUUCAACCUAUAAAAAUAAAUUUGCAGAAUUUUCUAAUGUUUAUUUUGCUGUACCACCAUAGGAUUGAUUUAGAAUGGAUGUUACCAUUGCCCUAUGUCAACUUUGGUAACUUCCGCACAAAUACUCAUGCGUGCAGGAUACACAAAAGGGAGUGCAGGUUAAUGGCAUUUCUGUCCUUUCAUGCCAUUCGAAAUUUUGAAUUCUGCUGAUUCAGAGAGCUAUGCCACUCUCCAGAUGUAAACAUGAGCACUUUUAGAACCUGCAUUAGCUGUCUCGGCCACUGGGAUGCUCUUUCAUGAUAUCUCCCGUCCUUGCGAUUAACUGGCUCUGAUCUGAAAUCGCUCGAAUACAACUCAUUCUUCACUGAGAAAUUAUGUCCCAUUUAUAAAAUAUUAAGUGUCAUUUUGUGAAAUGGCUGAUUUCUCCCUUCACAUUUAUACUUACUGCUUGGUUUAUUUUGUUUGUUUGUUUGCUUGUUUGUUUGUUUGCACACUUACUAUUCAUGAUUAAAUAAGAAGGGUUUGGAAGUCAUUCGCUAAAACUUCAGUGAUGGAAGAGAUAAGAACAGAUACUUGCUUUUUAUUGCUAGAUCUAUUAUGAAUCACCAUCCUUCAAGUUUUUCUUUAAUAAAGCAUUGAAUGUUUAGAUAUGAAAAGAAUUAUUUACUUAAACUUCCAAAUGGAAUGGUACUUUAAUUUCCUAAAAGGAAAUUGAUGAUGCUACAUUCUGAAAAAUGCUAGUAGUAUCUGUUUUUGUGGCUUCAACCAUGGCGGAAUGUAUUUGUAUAUUAGCGCUUCCUUUAUCUGGGUGCUGUACAUGUUACUGAUAACACACUGUGUGCAGCCAUGGAGUUUUAUAUUCUUGUUUAUAGUUUCUUACCUUUCCGUUGGUUAUGCAUGAAGAGAUAUAGUGUUUCUUUGUCAGAGGCUUUUUUUUUUUUAAUGACAAGAAGUCGAUGAAUGCUUGGAACUUAUUUUCUUUUCAUUGUAUCCUGUGUGGGAACACUUCAAAGACUAGAAUAACUGUUUGCUAUUGUACUAUAUUUUCAUUAUAUAUUGAUUGGUUUUGCUGAGACAUUGUUUAGAGUUCGCAGUCUUAAGUUGUAAUUUUACCAUGUAAGGUCAGUUAAUUGCUCUUGUCACACUGUUACCCCCCAAAACACAGCAAGAAAAUAUACAUGUCUGUUGUAAGAUAAGAACUACGUAAGUACAUGCAAGAAUAAAAUAAAAUAAAUAAAAAGAUUGAAUUCCAAAUAUAA